UUCUCUAUCCAUCUAUACAACAAACAAACACAAACAAGACUCUUUCCAUCUCCUCCAUUUCUCCCUCUUCUCUCUAUUUGGUCUUCUCUGCUUCUCCAUCCUCUCUCUACUGUUAUCAUUUUGUCUUUCCGGAACCAAAAAACGGAUAGAGAGAAAGAGAAUCCACAAACACAAUGAGUUCCGAAUAGUGGUUUUCCGGAAAACCGCUGUUCUUCAAAAAUGGGGGUUCAUUCUCGAUUAACAUUCUUCUUCAUACUUAUCUUCGGCAUUUUUCAUCUCGGAAAACCAGAUCUUACUGGUGAUAAAAAUGCUCUACUUACUCUAAGAUCAUCAGUAGUCGGAUGGAAACUCAACUGGACAUCAACUCAGUCCUCAGCACCAUGUAAUUGGGAAGGUAUUGUGUGCGAGAACAAUAGAGUUGCGGUACUUCGACUUCCCGGAACUGGACUUAUCGGGAAAAUCCCGAUGGGUGUUUUCGGAAAUCUUACACACUUGCGUACUCUUUCGUUGCGUCUGAAUGCUUUAUCCGGUCCACUUCCGUCAGAUCUUGCUAUGUGUACUGAUUUGAGAAACUUGUAUUUGCAAGGGAACAGGAUUUCCGGUGAGAUUCCUGAUUUUUUGUUCAAGCUGCCAAAUUUAGUGAGGUUAAAUCUUGCCGGGAACAACUUUUCCGGUGAGAUCUCACCGUCGUUUAAUAAUCUGACUAGGUUGGGGACUUUGUAUUUGGACGGGAAUGAACUGACUGGUUCAAUUCCUGAGCUGAAUCUUCCUGAUCUUGUUCAGUUUAAUGUUUCGAAUAAUCAUUUGAAUGGAUCAAUUCCUAAGAAGUUGAGAACAAUGAAGGCUAGUUCUUUCUCAGGGAAUUCUCUUUGUGGUGGUCCGAUGGGUCAUUGCCCCGGUGAACCAGAAGACGGCCAGCCAAAGAAGAAGAAGUUGUCUGCCGGUGCGAUUGCUGGAAUUGUUAUCGGGUCGAUUGUUGGAUUUCUUUUGAUUCUAUUGAUUCUAUUCUUUUUGUGUAGAAAGAAGAGUAGUGGAAAGACUAGAGCUGUAGAUGUUUCUACUGCGAAAAAUCCAAAUGAGGUUGAAAUGGGAGGUGAUAAGGGAAUUGGUGAGGAAAAUGGUAAUGGAAAUCAUGGUGGAGGAAAUGCUGCUGCUGCUGUUGGUGCAGGAACAUUGGCUGCUUCUGCAGUUGCAAGUAAAGAUGUGAAUAGUGGUCUAGGAAUGAAGAAAUUGAUAUUCUUUGGAAAUGCACCAAGGAGUUUUGAUCUUGAAGAUUUGUUAAGAGCAUCAGCUGAAGUUUUAGGGAAAGGAACUUUUGGAACAGCUUAUAAAGCUGUGUUAGAAGUUGGAACUAUUGUAGCUGUGAAGAGAUUGAAAGAUGUGACUAUUAGUGAGAAGGAAUUCAGAGAGAAGAUUGAAACUGUUGGAUCUAUGCAGAAUGAGAGUUUGGUUCCAUUAAGAGCUUACUAUUACAGUGGUGAUGAGAAACUUCUUGUGUAUGAUUACAUGUCUAUGGGAAGCUUGUCUGCGCUUUUGCAUGGUAACAGAGGAUCAGGAAGAACUCCUUUGAAUUGGGAAACUCGAUCUGGAAUUGCUCUUGGAGCUGCUCGUGGUAUCUCAUUCCUUCACUCUCAGGGCUCUCACAUCUCCCAUGGCAACAUUAAAUCAUCCAACAUCCUUCUCACCAAGACAUACGAAGCUCGUGUAUCUGACUUUGGCCUUGCACAACUUGUUGGCCCCAAUGCUACUCCUAACCGUGUCGCUGGAUACCGUGCACCAGAGGUGACAGAUCCUCGUAGAGUCUCCCAGAAAGCCGACGUUUACAGCUUCGGUGUUCUUCUUUUAGAACUAUUAACGGGUAAAGCACCAACCCAUGCCUUAUUGAACGAGGAAGGUGUCGACCUUCCAAGAUGGGUUCAAUCUGUGGUUCGUGAGGAGUGGACUGCAGAAGUAUUUGACCUUGAACUACUAAGAUACCAGAAUGUCGAGGAAGAGAUGGUUCAACUCCUACAACUCGCAAUAGAUUGUGCAGCCCAAUACCCAGACAAGCGACCAACGAUGGCCGAGGUCACAAAGCGAAUUGAAGAACUUCGACCCACAAGAGAGCAAGAUCCUUCGUCUGACCUUGUCGAAGGAGAGGAUGGAUCUUCUCAACAAACCAGUUCAGUUGGUUAACAAAUUGGGAUAAAGAUUAAAAACAAAAAAGUCAUGUUCAUUCAUUAUGUCCAUUUUUAUCAUGUUUACUUACUCUGAUGAUGUUUGAUUGUUUGUUUUCUCAAGGAGGAGGGGUUUGUAAGGAAGGGGGAAAGAGGUGGUGGUUCUUUAUUAUGAAUCAACUGUGUAUGUUUUCUUUUCUUUUCAAUAGCAGCAGCCUUUUCUUUUUUUUUCUUUUUCUUUUUUUUUUCCUCCUUCCAUUUUUUUUAGUUUUAAUGAUAAUAGGCAUAUGGUUGAGAACCUGGGAGGAUUUAAUUGUUGCUUUUGAGGGUUGAAUAACAUUGUUGGUUGAUGGUUGUAUGAAUAGAUUGGAUGUAUGGUGGUUGUAAUUACUUCCUCUUUUUUCAAAGCACCUUUAAGAUUAUAUA